GUUCUCCUUGUGAGAACCACCCCAGGGGUGUGCGCAGGAGACUCGGUAUAAAAACUGCUUGCUAUAGAUAGGAUAUACUCUUAGUACUGGAAGGGACCCGGACCAUGGCAGAAGCUCUGAUACUAGAGAACUGUGUCUUUGACUGCAGCACCAAUAAUCGGAACCACCACACUGCAGAUGCCGGGUGUACGAGACUAAUCGUCCGAAGAGGCCAGGCUUUUGAAAUCAAGCUACAGUUUUCUCCACGGGGUUAUGAAGAAGGAGUAGAUCAGUUGGCUUUUAUUGCUCAAACAGGUCCAUGUCCCUCUGAAGACUUUGGCACAGAAGCUCACUUUAAGGUGACAGACUCCUUGCAGGAAGGUGAAUGGAGCGCCACAAUAAGCAGUGUCGAUGGGGAAAACCUUGUUUUGUCUGUCAUCUCUCCUCCUGAUGCCCGAAUUGGAAAGUACGCACUCUCCCUGGAGACUUCUACAGGAACUUCAGAAGAAAGCUGCAGCCUUGGAGAAUUCUUCCUGCUCUUUAACCCCUGGUGUCCAGAGGAUUCUGUAUACAUGGAGGAUGAUGAGCAGCGGACAGAGUACGUUUUAACACAGCAUGGGAUCAUCUUCCAGGGAACCAAAGACUCGAUCACCCCAGUUCCUUGGAACUUUGGACAGUUUGAGGAUGGUAUACUGGAAGCAUCUCUUGAGGUGUUAGACAACAACCCCAGGUUCGUGGAAGAUUCCACCACUGACUGCACCCAGCGGAAUGACCCCGUGUACAUUAGCCGUGUCGUCAGUGCAAUGGUGAAUUGUAACGAUGACAAUGGGAUCCUGUAUGGGCGUUGGGACAACGUCUAUGGUGAUGGAGUAAGCCCCAUGUUCUGGAUCGGCAGUGUGGACAUCCUAAGACGUUGGAAGAAGCGAAGUUGUCAAGCAGUGCGAUACGGGCAGUGUUGGGUUUUUGCAGCAGUUGCCUGUUCAGUUCUAAGAAGUCUGGGGAUCCCAGCCCGGGUUAUUACCAACUACUAUUCCGCACAUGAUACUAACAGUAAUUUGGUGAUUGAACAGUACCUAGAUGAUCAAGGGAAAAAACAGAAGAAGCAAAGAGACAUGAUCUGGAACUUCCACUGUUGGGUUGAAGCCUGGAUGAACCGUCUUGAUCUUCCUGAAGGAUACGAUGGCUGGCAGGUUGUUGAUCCAACUCCCCAAGAGAAAAGUGAUGGUGUGUACUGUUGUGGCCCCGCUCCUGUUCUCGCUAUCAAGGAAGGUGACCUUGCUAUAAACUAUGAUGUCCCAUUUGUGUUCGCUGAGGUGAAUGCAGAUGUGAUUUACUAUGUACAGCAGAUAGAUGGUACUGUCAGACAGACAAAAUACACUGCGCAGGUUGGACAGAAGAUCAGCACUAAAGCAGUGGGAAAAGACUCUCGGGAGGACAUUACACACAACUACAAGUACCCAGAGGGUUCUGAAGAUGAAAGACGGGUCUUUGAAAAAGCAAAUGAGCAGGCGGCAGUUCCUCGAGUACAGAGAGAGCAAGUCCCAUAUGCACUUGACAUGAAGAUUAAUGUGUCCGAAAAGAUGGAGAAGGGUAGUGAUUUUGAUGUGUUUGCAGUUAUAAGCAACAAUACAGAGGAGGACAAGGAGGGCAGGUUUAUGAUUUGUGCACGUCCUACCAGCUACACGGGUGAUGUGGGGCCAGAGUGUGGAAAGAAGGAUCUUCUCAACCUCAGCUUACAGGCAAAUUCAGAGAAGACUGUGCCGCUGAAGGUUCUCUAUGAGAAGUAUGGCAGCAGUCUGACCCAGGAUAACAUGAUCAAAGUGGUGGCUAUGCUCCGUGACUCUUCUUCAAAUGAUAUUCUCCUUGCUAUGAGAGACAUCCAAGUGAAGAACCCUGACAUCAAAGUGCGGGUACUGGGCGAGCCCAAACAACAAAAGAAGCUGGUCGCUGAGAUUUCCUUAACAAAUCCUCUGUCGGAGCCCCUGGUUGGAUGCAGCUUCACUCUGGAGGGAGCCGGCCUGACUGAGGGGCUUGUGGUUAAGGACCUAGACGGCCCUGUGGAACCAGGACAAGAAGCCAAAGUACGGGUGGACCUGAUGCCUCAGUUAUCUGGACUUCGCAAGCUAGUGGUGAACUUUGAGAGUGAUCGCUUGCAAGGGGUGAAAGGUUAUAAGAACGUAAUCAUAGCUCCUCUUCCAAAGUGAAAGAUGUAGUGAGCCGCUCUGCAACUGAGAAACAGAGUCCUCACCGACAGCAAAUCUUACAUACCAGUCCUGUAAUGUGAGCAGCCAUAUUUACCUUCUCGGCUCUGAAGCCUGAGACAUGCACUGUGCUUUAUAAGCUGUUUGCCCGAGGAGCCAGGACUUUAAGGCAAUGCAGCGUCCAGAGCUCCUGCACCUCUUUGUAACCUGCUGCCUGCCUGCUUGCCAGCUCUAUGAAUAUUCAGAUUUAUAUUGUUGGGGGUACAGAUUUGAUACUGUAAAUAACACAUUGUAUGCAGACAUUAAAAGAUCAUUUAUACAGAAAUGACAAGGAAAUG